AUGUAUAAACGGCGAGAAGGCGGUCGCAUGGCCAUACUUGGCAAUUACCUCUACUGGGAUGGCGGAAGAGUGAGCAAAUGUAAAAACAACAAGUGCCCCUCCUCUGGAGACCACUCAGAAGCUUUGAAUGGAACACUGUCGAUUCCACUGAACAAAGACUGGACCAAUUCGACAGUGAGUUUCAAGGAGUCAAAGUACCCGAAUGACAUGCCCAAAAGCAGCUGGUUUUCACUAUGGCCCGACGAGAAGUCCGGCACGAUGCACAGGUGGGGUGGCGAGCGUGUAACUCUUAGAGGAAACAAGUCCGUUGAAGAGGGGGACCAAACGCCCAUGUGGAUGUUCAAAGCCGACAACAAGGGCGGAGGAGAAUGGUCGAUACAGAAACCCGCGGACGGAAACGAAUUCCAGGACGGACUGGACCGAAACUUCAACGGCGCGGGAGCGGUCUGCGGAGGGAAAGGGUACUAUCUCGGCGGUUCGGUCACAUCCAAAAGCAACUACGAUCCGGACAACGCGGGGAAGUCAAAGUCAUACGCCAUCCCGUCAGGCCUACUGAAGUACGAGUUAUCGGACCACAAAUGGGAGGGAAACAUCUCAAGCAAAGCAGGAUUCCCGGAGCUGGGAAAGGCGAAAUGGGGCCAGGCAGUGUGUUUGGAGGACUUCUCCAAGAAGCCGCUUGUCAUGUUCCUCGGCGGGGCCACGACCACCAACGACAAAGACUGGACCGAAGUGGACUUCAACAGCGUUGCUCUGUUUGACCCUAGUACGGACAAGUGGCAUAAGCAGAAUACGACGGCGAUGUUGGGUAGCGUUCCCCAACCAAGGUAUCAUUUUUGCAGUGUAGGUGCACGGGGGAAGAACAACACAUACGAUAUUUUUGUAUACGGAGGCCGCCCAAGAAGCGAUGAUUAUUCUGCAUAUGGCGAUGUCUGGGUCCUUUCUCUCCCGGGCUUUGUAUGGACUUCGGUCACCAACUCAAACAAAGGUGCACCCCGAUGGAGCCACCAGUGCGCGGUGGCCGGGAGAAGCCAGAUGAUAUCUAUGGGUGGUAUAUCAGGCUGGAAGUCAAACACAUGGAAGGACGAUCCUUGGAAAGAGACACUUGGAGUCUACGACAUGGUUGAUCUGAGUUGGAGGAGCAGCUACAACGCCUCCGCAGGAGACUAUGACACUCCCCAAGCUUUCAAAACCUGGUAUCAGCAAGGAGGAGAGGCACAAUGGGGUAGUGACGAGUUGAAGGCACUGUUCUCUACUGGUGAUCUCUCUUCUAACCCUUACUCUAACAAUACCACGGAAGAGACAGCUGGCUCAGGCGGCCCCAACAUCCCAGCAAUAGUUGGAGGAGCUGUGGGAGGGUUUAUCUUCUUAGUACUGGCUGCUGCUGCAAUUUGGUUUCUCUUGAGUCGGAGGAAUAAGUCUCAUAAUCACUCGAGGUUGACCGAGUACUCCGAUAGUCACGGGGAAUAUAAUACGUCUGGAUAUGAACUCAACAGCUCCACUAUGAGUACCCCAUCCAUGGCCAUGUUAUCAGGGAAACAUGGAGACUCUAGACUUGAGCUCGAUGGAGUCACUCUGAGAGCCCCAUCAUCGAGGAGGUUCUCACUGCCGAACUCCUGGACUUGGUCGUGGAUUCCAAGCGCACGGCCUAAAAUAGCAUCUCCAGCGUUCCCACCCUCGCCGGCCGAGCUCAACGGCAUAUAA